UAGGUCAAUUGACAUAGCAUGGAAAAAAAUUAUUAUUUAGAUACGCAUGACAAAACCUCGUUUCGUUUCUCUAAUAACGAUCUUCGAUGUCUGUUUUAUUGGGUAUUAGGAGUUCGAGAUAUUUUCCUCGUUUUUAAUGAAAACCAUAUCGAUAAUGGAUAUAGAGGCCCUGCCUAUGCCGAUAGGAACCUAUGAAGCAACUGUGAAAAAAAAACAUUGAGAAGGUUCAUUCAACAGUUGCACAUGCGAGAUAUCGAAUAAAUACAUAAAAUAGAAGCAUAAAAAAACUACAUAUAAUUAUGGCCAAGGUUAGGCGGACUUACCAUGGAUAAGCCAUUGAAACCUAUUAAGAAAUAAAGUCAGUUAUGACUGAGACAAUUUUAGCGUGAUGAAAAAAAUACUAGUCUAAUACUUUACAUCAAAAAUAUUCUUCUUGUAGUUUGUUACGGAAAACUCGGUCCAUCUUAUAUAAAAAAAUAAAGUGAAUCUCUCGCAUUGUUCGAAAUCAAACUCGUUCAAUUUAUAAGUCUGGUUUAGUUGUGUAGGUAAUUAUCAACCAAUUACUGUGGUGUGUGCGUUUCGAAAAAUAAUUGAAAAGAUUAUCAAGAAAAUAAUAAUAUCUUUUAUUUGCAAAAUUAGAUCUUAGGAACGCAAUGGUACCAAAUGGUGUUAUAAAAUCAUACCUAACAUACAACAAUACGUUAACAUGAAUUUAUUUACAAAUAGACAGGAUUAGGUUUGGCGUUCCACACGGCGCAGUGUUGGAAACUGUGCCGUACUUCAUGUGUUUUCUUAAAUUGGAAGGAUUCAGGUUUGAUGGCAGAAUAUUUUGCGUUUUGAUGCUUUAUAGUCCCAUGUUAUUCCGUAACAAAUUAAAGAUUAGUAAUAGAAAAGACUAGGUACAUACUUUUCAAACAAAAAAUACGUUUAUUGAACCGAUUUAAAUAAAAACCAAUAAUAAACAACUUGAUCGGGUCAAUAAGAUUAAAUAUUUAGGGCUAAUAAUAGAUGAAAAUUUCAAUUGUACUAAGCAUCUUGACCAUUUACAUAAAAAAAUAGCUCAUGCUGGCAGUGCAUUGUUCAGAUGUCGAAAUUAUCUAAUUCUUUAACUAAUUUUAAAAAUCCUGCAAAACAAAAUAUAAAAAAUUAUCUUCUUAUAUGACAAACUGACACAACGGAGGACGUAUACAGAGAGAUGGGUAUUCCACGGUUAAGUAGAAUAUCGAAGAUUGAUAAACGUAAAUAUAUAUGCAAAGUUCUAAAAAAAUCACAAAAAUUUAACUCAAAUCUUAUCUUUGCGAGAGAUAUUCCAUACUAUUAGAGCAAUAUUUAUAAAGGCAAUGUUAGAAUUAAUAGGUUCUUCUUCAGAGUUUAAUAAAUUGCCAGAAAAUUAAAAAAAAUCAUCUUCGUAUAGUGAAUUUGUUAGGAUGUUGAAAUCACACUUGAUUUAAUUAAUUUUGAAAAAUGUUUAAAUAUAUGUAAUAAAAAAAUAUUUGUAAUGUAUUAGGAAAGGCUACUUAAAAAUAUUUUAUUAAUUUUGGAUUGUGAUAGAGACUGAUUUAUUGCAAUGUCUUGACAUUCUGUUUCAGUGCUAACGCCACUUUGUAGAGGGCUAUGUAACAUUGUAAAUAAGGUCGGGUAAUAAAUAUUUUUUUUACAAAAAUAAAUUUACUGUUUUCACUAUAGUACUAUUUCAUUUAUCCGAUAGUUUUGCAAUUUUGCUCUCGUAGGUGGACUUAUGAGUGGUGCUUCAAAACUGAGCGGUAUUGGUGAAAAAACGAUUUUUAACAUCGCGAUUAUUCAUAUGAUUUAGGUUUUAAGAGUUUACUCCGUCAAAUUGUUUUUUGAAAAAUUAUAAAAUUAGUAGAUUAAUUAAAGAUAUAAGUUUUGAAUAUGUGAAGCAUGGUAGCAAAAGUAUAAUGUUAGAGCGAUCAGACAUAAUUAAUUGGCGACACAGGUAUUUAACAAUGUUUAACAACAUGUAUUACAGCUCUUGGCGCCGACCAAGUUUUCUUAGCGAUUACCACGACGAAAUGAACGGCGGGUCUUUCGAGCAAUAGUUUGAGAAGGACUAAUUCCCAAUUUACCUAACAAUGGACAAAAAAUCUUGUUAUCAUGAAUAAUGAUUCCUAUAAUUCUUGCAAAUUCAGAUAUCCAGUGACCUCAUAGAAAAAAGUCGAAAUUCAAGAUUGGUUGUUUUAAAAAACAUUUUCUUUGACGACUCUUAUUUGAAAUCAGAGCUGCCGGAUGUUGACUACGCAUACAGCAAUGAGUAUCAAUGUGAGCUUAACCCUAUCGAGGUGGUAUGGAAUCAAGUAAUAUUAAGUAAUAUAAGUGGCAAGAACAACUCCGAUUUCAAUACAGAACAUGUUCGUUCGUCAAUAGAUGUUGCUGAACCAAAUUGCAGUAAUUAUGUUCAACAUGUCAUAGAAAAAACGAAGAGGAAAUGUGGUCCGUUGAUAAUCUCUAAGGCAACGUCGAUAAACUUGCCCACCAUAAUACUCCACGCUGUCUUUGCAGUGUGAUUUGGACUAUAGACCAUAUGCCACGAUAUUCAAAAGCAUUUGAACCAAAAAAAAAAAAAAAACAAAAACUAACGCUCGGUGCCUGAUUAUGCCGCGUUAACGUCGCUUUCGUUUAUCUUCUCCCAAACUAGGCGACCUGAUUACACGGAAUCAAAAACCGAAAACACCAAGUUCACGGUCGCAGUUUCCGACACGUUUCUCGCCAUGAACGACGCGCCUGACGAUCGACGCAGUCUUGCCGAGCUGCGACGCUGGUUGAAGCGAGAAAAAUGGCUCCACGCACGCACCGACGACGAACACCUGUUGCCGUUCCUCCAGAUCUGCAAGUACGACUUGAAAAAGUCCAAGCAAAAAAUCACCAACUUCUACCAAAUGCGCAGAGACAGGAUCGAAUGGUUCGGCAACAGGGACCCGUCGCUACCCGAGGUCCAAGAACUUUCCAAACUGGGAGUAUUCCUUCCGCUGAAGAAACUUCACGAGAACCGACUAGUUUUAGUUAUCCGCACUGCCGUACACGACCCCAAGAAACACCUAAUAGACAACGUCUUCAAAACCGGAAUGAUGAUCAUCGAUCUGGCGUGCAAGCAUCACCAGGUCGUCGAAAUUGCGGUUAUAUUCGACAUGAAGAAUAUCGGGUUUAGUUACUUCAGACCGUUCACGCCUUGGUACGCCGCCAGGCUGGUGUUUGCCCUCGAAAACUACUGCGUCAGGCCGAAACGUUUGGAGUUUGUCAAUGCGCCAGGUUACUUCAACGUUUUCCUUCGGUUGUUCACCAGGUUGAUGUCGGAGAAGAUGCGAAACCGCGUCACGGUGCAUUACGGCGGCGCAGAGGUUUUGGCGAAGGUGAUCCCCAAGGAGAUGUUGCCUCCGGAGUACGGAGGCGACGGAGACAGCGUGGAGGAUCUGGUGGAUUACUGGCACGAAAAGAUGUCGCAUAGUCGGCGUUGGUUUGAAGAAGAUGAACGGUUCAAGGCGGAACGACGUGAUAGUAGAAAAUGACGAGCCAAUAAUGGCUGUUAAGUGAUUUUUGGUGACGUUUUCUUAAACGGGUACGCAAUUGCGAAGAAGCCGCAGUUGUUACGUGUCUUGUAUAUGAUGUAAUAACUUCAACCACUAUUUGGAGGUUCAGAUAGGAUCGUUGAAAUCUAAUGUAGUGACUCGAUUUUCAACAAAUAUACGCUCAAAAAGGAUCUAUCUGUUUCAGUGAUGACCAAACACAACAGCAAUUAAUAAAAAAAUUGCUCAAAAUCGUGAUAACGACUGUUGAAAAAUGGGUAUAUGUUAAGUGCGAAACUGAUUCGAGUCGCUUCGGACAUUUCCGGGAUGUCAGUCAAUGUAUUCGUAUUAUUUUUCAAAAAUGUACCCAAAAACUAACGGUCGUAGAAAAAGUAUAGUAUGCAAUACGUUUGGCAAACUUUUUAAGUCACUUGUUUAUUAAACACUUGCUCCGCUCGUACGAAAUAAACUCUUGACUCAAAUGCCGUUUACCACACUUGUUGCAAAAUAUACUAUUACUUAAGUUGUGUUAUGAACGUACAAAUAAAAAGAAAUGAGCGCCACAAAUGUAACA